CUUUAGAAGCCUUUUUUUCCUGUUUGUCUCUCUUACAGUAGAAAUACAAUUCUGGUCUACUUUGUUUUUUCUUAAAAAAUACUGGACCAUAUUUUUCGCUGCACUUGGCUUCUGUGGGGACAGAGGGCAUCAUGGAGCCUGUUAUUGCUCUCUGAUUGCCUUCCCUAAGCCAAACCAUGAUGUAGUUUAGCCGCCUGAGGGCCAGCUGGUUUCUAAGGCAUCUGCCAGUUGAGCAUAUCUAUAGCUUGAGCAUAAUGUGCUGCAGCCAAUCCUUCUCCCAUACCUUCUUCAGCCCUGCUCCAGAGACUGUGAGAAGGGAAACAGGAACCCACUACGCUGCUUCUACACCUUAUAGACAAUCCCUGAUGAAUGGUAUCUCCAGCAGGGGAGUUAAAACUGGAUUCCAUCCCCUUUGUACCACAAGAGAGGCUCAGAGGAAGCUGAGCAUGUCCGAGACUCUGGCCCACCAUCUCCAAGUGCUGUUAGCACUAUGACAUCACAAAUGCCAAGAGUGAAAGCUGAACAACUGAGAGGAGUUGUCACUGUUUGAAAGCUUUUGGUUUCUGUUAAUGCCUAUUUAACUCAACCACCUGAAAACACCAGGGAGAAAAGAUCUGUGUAGGAGGCAACAGUUCUGCCCCUUCACUGAGGACAGAGAGGACACUGGCUCCAGGCCUACCAAGGAGACCUCAAGCAAAACCAGGGAAGUGGAGAUUCAACAUUGCCACGGGUUAGUGACCAAGCGAAGAAAAGUUUUUCCUUAUUAAAGCCUCCAGGCAAGACAAUUUCCGUGGUAGAUCACAUUGGAUCCCUUCCCAUAAUGGAAGCCUGAGAGCCAGGAACCUCCAUGACCUCCAGAAACCACCACUCCUUACCACGAGUUCUGAUGGCACCUCGAAUGUUUACUGAAGGAGAACUUGGGGGCAUCGCCCAAAUCACCCCCUCUCUGUACCUGAGCAGGGGCAGCGUGGCCUCAAACCGACAACUUCUUCUGUCCCGGGGCAUUACCUGCAUAAUCAAUGCCACCAUUGAGAUCCCCAACUUUAACUGGCCCCAAUUUGAGUAUGUCAAAGUGCCUCUGGCUGACGUGCCCAAUGCCCCCAUCUCCCUAUACUUUGACAGCGUGGCGGAUAAAAUACAAAGCGUCACGCGGAAGCACGGGGCCACCUUAGUCCAUUGUGCAGCUGGUGUGAGCAGAUCGGCCACCCUGUGCAUCGCUUAUCUGAUGAAGUACCACAACGUGUCUCUGUUUGAGGCUUACAACUGGGUCAAGUCAAGGCGCCCCGUCAUUCACCCCAACGUGGGUUUCUGGAGGCAGCUGAUAGACUACGAGCGGAAGUUGUUUGGGAAGACAACGGUUAAAAUGGUACAGACGCCGUAUGGUAUACUCCCAGACGUUUAUGAGAGAGAGGGGAGACAGCUCAUGCCUUACUGGGGGAUUUAAUGUGACUGCAUCAACAGGAAGAAUAAGAGCACAAGAGACUUGCUGUUCUGCAUCUACCAGAGUGGAGACAUUCCCUUCUCUUUUGAUGGCCAACUUUUAGUUCUUUACCAUACAGCAGAACCUUGCUAAUUGUCACGUCCCUAACCAGCAAGGCCAACACUUCCCAAAACACACACACACACACACACACACACACGGAAUCCUCGCCCUAUCCUCCCUUGAUUGAACAUUACAGUCAGCUCUCUCUACUAAAUUUAGUUCUUCCACAAAGCAUCCCCUGCAGUCAGUUUACUAGUAUACUACAAGUGAAGAACUAAAAGGCACUUGGCAGAAUUAAUGAACAAAGUACACUUUGUGAUGAGGUAGCCUGGAUAUUUCUUUACUAGCUUAUUUUCUUCCGCGCAAAACCCUGAUGAGCGGCCCUAGCACAAAAUGAAUGAGCUCCACCUCUAAACUCCAA